AUGCCUCCUCCACCUGGUGAACACUAUUCUUUAGAUGAAUUUGUGAAGCUAGACAAAAUCGGCGAAGGCACCUAUGGAGUUGUCUACAAAGGCAAACAUAAGAAAACCAACAAACUUGUGGCCAUGAAGAAGAUACGUCUGGAAGGCGAGGAUGAGGGAGUCCCAUCAACCGCCAUCAGAGAGAUAUCUCUUUUGAGAGAGCUCAAACAUCCGAAUGUUGUGGGACUAGAAGAUGUUAUUAUGCAGGAAAAUCGACUCUAUCUCAUAUUUGAGUUUCUGUCUAUGGAUCUCAAAAGAUAUUUGGAUCAGCUUCCCACUGAUAAACGUCUACCGCCUGCUGAAUGUAAAAGUUACAUGUUCCAGAUCUGUCAAGCUAUUUGCUUCGCUCACCAGCGUCGUGUAAUCCAUCGUGAUUUAAAACCGCAGAAUCUUUUGGUAGAUGGAAAAGGAGCAAUAAAGCUGGCUGAUUUUGGACUGGCAAGGGCGAUAGGAAUUCCAGUCAGGGUCGUGACCCUCUGGUAUCGUGCCCCAGAGAUCCUGCUUGGAACGCAACGCUACUCCAUGGGUGUAGAUAUGUGGUCGAUCGGCUGCAUCUUUGCGGAGAUGGCUACCAAGAAGCCGCUGUUCCAGGGUGACUCAGAAAUCGACGAACUGUUCCGCCUUUUCAGGAUUUUGGGAACACCAACUGAAGCAGAAUGGCCGGGAGUUAGUCAACUGCCUGAUUAUAAACCAACUUUCCCUAAAUGGAGAGGUAAUUCGUUGACUGAAAAAGUGGCCAACUUUAUGGAUCCCGAUGCGAUCGAUCUACUUCAGGCUAUGCUUAUUUACGACCCGUCCAAGAGAAUUUCUUCAAAAAGAGCACUACAUCAUCGAUACUUUGAUGAUGUGAGUUACUGUUUUACCUCACUGGUGGAUACAUCAAAGGUUCCUGCUGGUAAUUAUCGUGGUGAGCUGGAGCUGAACUAA